AUGUCGCCGGUCUUCCACGAGUCCAUUGAUCCGACGCUGGAGUUUUUCUACCACCCACGCACCUUAACAUGCCUGGUGGUGCUCCUGGCCGGCUUCCUGUAUGUGGCCCUGUACAUUGAUCCCUCGGACGACAUCCUGAACACAAAGUUUGGUCUGGCCGCCAUCUGCUCAGCCUUUGCGAUCAUCGGCAUGGUUCUGUUCCGGGACGGUCCCUUUAUCCGCCCGCACCCGGCCUUCUGGCGUGUGGUUCUGGCAGCGAAUGUUCUGUACGAGAUGUGCCUAGUGUUUUUGCUGUUCCAGAGCAAGCACACGGGCCGGUCCUUUAUGGCCUUUUUUGAUUCGGAUCUCGGCCAGGAGCUGCCGGAGCGGUCCUACGGCGACCAGUGCGCGCUGACCGUGGAGAAUGUGCGCUCGGGCAUAGAUAUAUUUGUGCUGGCGCAUUCGCUGGGGUGGUUCGGCAAGACCUUGAUUAUCCGGAACCAGACUAUGUGCUGGAUUCUGUCGGUGACCUUUGAGCUUCUGGAGUACUCGCUGGCGCACCAGCUGCCGAACUUCAACGAGUGCUGGUGGGACCACUGGAUCCUCGGACGUUGGUGCGAGUACUUCAAGAUGAAGACGUACACUUGGCACGGCAUCCGUGAGAUCCCGUCUUUGACGGGCAAGCUGAGCCGGGCCGGCCUGCAGUUCACGCCACACAGCUGGACCACGUACGAGUGGGCGCCGACCGAGCGGUUCAAGAACUUUGCGGGAAUCGUGAUGUUUGCGGUGUUGAUAAUGCUGGCGGAGCUGAAUGUGUUCUAUCUCAAGUCGCUUCUGUGGGUGCCGCCGGAGCACCCGCUGGUGAUUGCGCGCCUGGCGCUACUGUUUCUGUUUGCCCUGCCCGGUGCCCGCGAGUACUACGAGUACUACUCGAACCCGCGGUGCAAGCGCAUGGGCGCGCAUUGCUGGAUGCUGAUUGUCACCCUUUUGUCUGAGCUGCUGAUUAUUGUGAAGUUUGGCCGCGGCGAGUUCACCGAGCCCUUCCCCACCUAUGUGAUCGUGUUUUGGGCAUGUGUCGCUGCUGUUUUGGUCGGCUUCUCCGUCUGGCGCUUUGCAUUGAAGCCCAGACUUGCCAGCAAGAGCCAUGCAAAGACAGAGUAA